AUGGUGUCUCUUUUGCGAGGAGUUGCAGCAACCAGCUCCGCGACUAUCCGCUUUUUUGCCUUCGUUUUGUUAAGAUGGAUCCCCGGCUGGCCAUUUGCGCCGAUUGUUUUCACUUCUUUAUUAAUUUAUCUUUCCUCGGUUUUAUCCUUGGCAAAAGAUGAGCCUCCUUCUGACGAUCAUCCCGGAAAGGUGGGAAGUCCUCCACCACGUGUUCAUGUCUCAAGCGCAUCUAAAUCCUGCGAUUCUGCUCUUAAGACCCUGCUCACAGGUCUUCCUUCCAAGCGGUCGCCUGUCUGGACAUGGGUCACAGCACUGAUCAACAUUGUUGUAUCCUGUCUUGCAUUAGACUUCUUGCUUCGAGGAUUAGUGGUGUACCCGAGCAAUGAGAUUUCCUUUUCUCGUAUUGGCUAUGUCUCUCCGACCACCGCUAAUUUGGUCUUUCGAGAGCCUGACAUGGCUCAAUUGCCUGUCGUAGUAUCAUACCAAGAAGCCUCGCAUGAGUCAAAUAAAUGGGUCCAAGAAGGCACUGUCUACAUGAUAAACAAUAGUACCGACUUCACCACCACAGUGAAAUUUCAAAACUUGAAGCCCGGGACUUCCUAUCGAUAUCGACUAUCGAACAACAAGACCGGUAAUUUCGUGACCGCACCGCGACCAGGAUCGCGUGAGGCAAGCCGCAUGUCAUUUGUCACAUCGAGUUGCUUAAAGCCAAACUUCCCAUACAACAUUCUAUCGCAUCCACUACGAGUACCAGGAAUAGAGAUAAUGACCGAAGCUCUCGCCAAAAUCCCCGAACUACUCAAGCCAUCCUUCAUGCUCUUCCUCGGCGACUUCAUCUAUAUCGACGUACCCUUCAGAUUCGGUGCAUCGAUGGACCACUAUCGCAGCGAGUACAGGCGUAUCUACUCCUCGCCUUCUUGGGCUUUCACCUCUAAAAACAACACUGCCAUCGACCUCCCGUGGAUUCACUCAUUAGACGAUCAUGAAAUCGAAAAUGACUGGUCAAAGGGCAACAAAACAGCGCCCUAUCCAGCCGCUGCUGACCCAUUCACCCACUACCACGUCAGUGCGAACCCGCCUGUUCCUGCUAAGCCCUUCGCACACCCAGACGAUGUCACAUAUUUCUCAUUCGUGAAUGGCCCCGCCUCAUUCUUCAUGCUCGAUUCCCGUACCUAUCGUUCCGAGCCAGCGCAAACAAACUCGACCAUCCUCGGCUAUGCACAGCUCCAGUCACUUUUGGAAUACCUAGCCACGCCAGAACCAGCAGGUGUGCAUUGGAAGAUUAUCUCUUCGAGUGUCCCUUUCACGAAGAAUUGGCACGUCGGUACGAUAGAUACAUGGGGCGGAUUUCUGGAUGAACGACGCAUUGUCUUCGAAGCGAUGUGGCGUGCGGAACGAGAGCUCGGAAUCAGGAUCAUUCUACUAAGUGGAGAUCGUCAUGAAUUCGCCGCUACACGGUUCCCGGAUCCUGCGCUUGAACUCACUCCUGAGGAACUUCAACCCAAUACUCCCGGACUAGGUGUCCAUGAGUUUAGUGUUGGUCCGCUCAGCAUGUUCUAUCUUCCUAUUCGCUCGUACCGUCAAACCGAUACGGAAGAUGUGGCUGUGAAAUAUGCGCCGGAUGGAAAUAGCAAGUUUGGGUUGAUUGAUAUUGCUGAAGCUAUUGAUGAUGUGGAUGCGUCAGUCCGAAACUCGGUUCUUACCUAUUCGCUUUAUGUGGAUGGUGAGGUGGUUUGGAAGUAUCAGCUUAGCGUUCCUGCUCAACGGAAGACUACCACUAAAGUCCAUCCUGCUGGAAGUGUUUUGGAAGAUAAGCUGGUGAGCUGGGAGGGUCCUCUUAAAAUGGCAUUUGGUUCAUUAUCGGACCUGGUGGAAUUGGGUACGAAAAAGGCCACUUGGGUCUAUGAGGCUUGGAGCGAGUUGCGAAGCACUGAGAGACUUGGUUAG